AACGUUAACCACUGUAUUAGAGAAGGUGAUGCUGGCGAAAGGUGCGUGAAAUUCGUUUAACGGAGGGGCGGAGGAGAAAUGCAAUAUAGUACAUAAGUAGAGGAGCAACAGCAGUUUGAUAUACAGAAAUGGUGCUUGUAGUGGUAGUGGUAUAUAAUAUGGUCAUUGGUCGUAAAAGACUUAGAAGGAAAUUAAUCGGACGCACUGUAUCACGCUCACGCUCAAAGCGAGCAUCAACGAUUGUAGAUCUCGACGGUUUGGAUCAUAUUAUUUAGUUUUUUUUUUUUUUGCAUUUACACUUUACGAUGAACUACGCAAGUAUGGUAUUUGCGGUAAUCGUGACGACGCUCUCACUGGCCGGGUCAGGCCAUGGAAUGGCGUACACCGUGUUCCAGGCGGUGGUCGAGUACUACCGAAUGUUGGGACCGGAACCCAAAAAUGCCGUGCCGGACGCGGGUUUCGUGAGGCGGCAGUACGACUUCGUGGUGGUGGGCGCUGGUUCCGGUGGGUCGGUGGUGGCCAACCGGUUGACUGAAGUGGCUGGUUGGACGGUGCUGCUGAUCGAAGCCGGUGGAGAGGAGAAUGCCAUGACAGACGUUCCACUGCUAGUCAGCUACCUGAUCGGUACCGGAUACGACUGGGGCUACCGAACCGAACCACAGGAGGGCAUAUGUGGGGCGAUGAUAGACCGGAAAUGUAUGUGGCCUAGGGGAAAGGUGAUGGGUGGUACCAGCGUUAUCAACUACAUGGUGUACACACGUGGCAUGCCGGAUGAUUACGACAACUGGGCCAGACUGGGAAACGAUGGCUGGAGUUAUGCGGACGUGCUACCGUACUUCAAGAAAUCGGAGGACGUCAGACAAAGUCCACUGACAAAGUCACCGUACCACGGCCGCGGUGGGUACCUCAAAGUGGAGGAACCUACGUGGAAGACAAAAUUAGGCCCAGUAUUCCUGCGUGCCGGUCAGGAGUUGGGCUACGAAGUGCCGGCCGACCACAAUGGGCCGCGGCCGUCGGGUUUCUCGUAUAUAUUGGCAACGACGGACCACGGCACUCGGUGCAGUGCGGCCAAGGCGUUCCUACGUCCAGUCCGGAAUAGGCCAAACUUGACAGUUACAAAACGUUCUCUGGUAACCAAGGUACUAAUAGACCCACACACUAAACGUGCCACUGGCGUAAAAUUCGUGAAAAAUGGACAGACCCUAGUGGUGCACGCGCGCAAGGAGGUAAUACUGAGCGCGGGUGCACUCAACACGCCGCAGUUACUGAUGUUGUCGGGUAUAGGGCCAGCCGAUCAUCUGGCUGAGGUCGGCGUGCCCGUCGUCAAGGAUCUCAAAGUUGGUUAUAAUCUACAGGACCAUGUAUCCAUGGCCGGGCUAGUGUUCCUGGUCAACCAGUCGGUGACCAUUGUCGAGAGCCGGUACUGGAACCCCAAAUACCUAGUCCAUUACGCAGUUACCAGCCAGGGUCCGUUCACCAUACCGGGGGGUGCAGAGGCGGUGGCUUUCACGGCAACGCGGCAUGCUACCAACGGAUCUGUGGCGCCCGACAUGGAACUGGUGUUCGGUCCAGGAGCCUUGACCGGUGACACGGGUGGGUCGUUGCGCCGUUUGCUAGGCAUGAACGACACUUUUUACGAUCAGGUAUACGGCAAGUUCCGAGAACACGACGCUUGGGGUUUGGUGCCGAUUCUGCUUCGGCCUUUGAGUCGAGGACGCGUCAAGCUGAGGUCCGCCAAUCCUUUCCAUGCACCACUGUUUUACGCUGGCUACCUGACGGACAAGCGAGAUAGAGAAACUCUUAUCGAAGGCAUAAAGCAGGCCAUCGCAGUGAGCGAGACUCCAGCAUUCCAAAAAUAUGGGUCCAGACUGCUGCCGAUUCCGUUCCCCGGCUGCGAACAUGAGACGUUUAAGUCGGAUGCAUAUUGGAUGUGCGCCACCGGAUUGGUGUCCACCAACUUGCAUCACCAGUCGGGCACCUGCAAGAUGGGACCAGAUACGGAUCCGGAUGCGGUAGUGGACGCAAAGCUCAGAGUGCGUGGCGUCAAAGGCCUCCGAGUGGUCGACACUUCCAUUAUGCCCGUCAUACCGGCCGGGCACACCAACGCGAUGGCUUUUAUGAUAGGCGAGAAAGCGUCCGACAUGAUCAAAGAAAACUGGCUGAAAUAGUGAAAUAACAGUAUAAUACACGUUAACGAAUAACGAUAUAAAUGCAACACGUCUAUAUAAAACCAUCCAUCCAUACAAUAAUAUAAUAAUUCAAAGAGUAGUCCGACCCAGAGACCGGAGUACCUAAGCACAUUAUUAUUGGAUUGUGGUGGCCAUCGUCAUAAAAAAUCGUUGAGAGCGAGGAAUUUAAUUUUUUUGACUAGAAUUCAGAAUUUUAAUAAGCAACGAGGAAGCGAUUUCAAAUCAUGAAUGCGUACGCGAACAUCCUAUAUAGGCACCUAAAAAGUUGAAAGGUAUAAAAAGUAGUGAUUAUAUAAUAUGAAAAAUUAACAAAAUAUUGUUUUUACAUUAUAAUCUGAUAUACCUAAUUUUUUAAAUAUUAUGAUCUCAUACUAUCAGCAUUAUUAUUAUUAUUAUUAUUAUUAUUAUUAUUGUCUCUCGACUCUCAAUCAAUAUGAUGUCUAUUACUGCUGUUUAAAUUUCUUA